CCCUACAUCUGCAUUCCCGGAGUGCCCAAUUUCCGUGAUAUCGGCGGCUACCCCCUCGCCUCCGAACAGAACAAGCAAGUCCGACGGAACGUCGUCUUCCGCUCCGCUCUUCCGCGCCACAUCCUGGAUGACGGAUCAGAGAGAGCAAAGAAUAAGCUACAGACGCUCGGUAUAUGUCAGGUGUUUGAUUUGCGCUCUGAGAAUGAGUUCAUCGAGGUGCGAGCCUAUGACUGGAGGAAAUGGCUGUGGUCAGAAAUGCAUCGAGUAUCGGCGCCGGUAUUCCAGCCUGAAGAAUACAAUGCUGAGUCGCUAGCUGAUCAGUAUAUGGAAAGUGGUUGUGGUCCUGAGGGAUUCGCUCAAACAUUCAACAAGAUUUUAGAGUCGGCAAGCCAUCCCAAGAACAAAGCCCGGCCGUUUGCACGAAUCCUCGAGCUCCUGUCUCUGGAUUCUAAGCAGCCGCCCACGCAGCCCAUGCUUAUACACUGCGAUCUGGGUAUGGACAGAACAGCAGUAAUCUGUGCUUUGAUCUUAUCGCUCUGCGGCGUGAGCGACGAGGAUGUGGCCAAGGACUAUCAUCAAUCGGAGAUGGAGCUUGCUGCCCAUCUAGAGAAACUUGCCGCAGAGUUCAAGUCGCUCUCUGUAUUCAAAUACGUCAGAGUCACUGCAGACGAUGCGAAGAUUCUGUUUUCAGAAAACAUGCUGCGGUUUUUGGAUUCUCUCAGAAAGAAGCAUGGCUCGAUUGAACAAUGCAUCAAGCAUCACAAGUUGCUCGACGAUGAGGGCAUAUCAAGACUGAGAGAGAACAUGAUUGUUGAUGCCGCC